AUGGAGCAGUCGCAGAACGAGCGCGACAAGCGGGUCGAGGAGCUGUGGACGAAGCUGGAUCCUGCAGGCACCGGGGAGCUUGACCUCAAAGGUCUCCAGAAGGGGCUAAGGAGGAUUGAUCACCGUGAGCAUUUUUAUUCCCUCUUCUCCGUCGCCUUUACCCGGGCGUGUCUGGCGCCUCUGUUUUGUUUGGACCGUGUUUGCUGA